UUUUUAUAAUACUGAAUUUCAUUGUUGAGAACAAUGACUGUAGAAAGAUCUUUCUUUAUUGCUCCUGCCUCUUCUCCCAGCGUCUGCAAGAAACUGUUGCUUGCAAAAACCAUAGCUAAUUAAAAAUUGAACUUAAUUAGCGACAAAGAAACCCGACUGGCAAGGGCUGGGAGGAAGGGCAGAUAAAGCUGCCGACGCUGUGUUCUUCUUUACCUUCGCUUUAAUGGUCUUCACAGCACGUCGUGUUUCUGAGUCAGAGGACCCUAGAGCGACACUUGUUGGGGACGGGCAGGACACCACAGCCCGACAAGCAGCUCCUGCGAGUGGCGGCGGGAAUGCACGCCGGAGCCGGAGUGCCAGCGCGGUGGAAACCGGUUCUCAGGUUCUGGCCGAGCGCACUUCCCCUUACAUCAGCGGGCCUGCUCCUGUCAGGCAGGCGGCCGGCGAUUGGCUGGGAGGAGGCAGUCAUUCAAACUGCCUUUUGUGCUUGGCUAAUCAGGGCAGCCCAGGUUACCAGCGGAGGUGCGUCUGUGGUGUCAGACACCUGUGUCUCAGCUCUGCCUUCCUCGGGCUGGCUCCUGCAGAUCCUUCCUGGGCCAGAACCGUGCCUCUAGGCCACCUCCCCCAAGCCACCAAGCUCCCGAGGUGGGCCAGCCUUGGCCCAGUGUCACGCAAGACAGAAAUGUCCAACAGAUAACUGAGGACAAUGAACCUGCCUGGGCAUAGACUUCCUUAAGAGAUGGGGUUUCACCAUGUUGCCCAGGCUGCCAUGCAGAGAACGGACUAAAGGAGCACAAGAGUAAAAGCAGGGAGACAAUUUAGAAGGCCAAGAGAGAUGUGUGUGCAGACCCAGGCCAUGCAGAUACUAGUGCCCCUAACUUCAUCAGCCCAGAACACCUCUCCUCUGGCCCCCAGCACAGGAAAGCAGCGUGGUCAGGAGGGGUUAAACUUCGGCUGAAGCACAGGCGCAGUGAGCCUGCAGGCCGACCUCACUCGUGGCACACAACUAAGUCUGGGGAGAAGCAACCCGAUGCCAGCAUGAUGCAGAUAUCUCAGGGUAUGAUCGGCCCUCCUUGGCACCAAAGCUACCAUUCCAGCUCCUCUACUAGUGACCUCUCCAACUAUGACCAUGCCUAUCUAAGGCGGAGCCCUGACCAGUGCAGCUCUCAGGGGAGCAUGGAGAGCCUGGAGCCCAGUGGGGCAUACCCACCCUGUCAUCUUUCCCCUGCCAAGUCCACCGGCAGCAUUGACCAGCUCAGCCACUUCCAUAACAAGAGAGACUCGGCUUACAGCUCUUUCUCCACCAGUUCUAGCAUCCUGGAGUAUCCGCCCCCUAGCAUCUCUGCCCGGGAGCGUUCAAGCUCCAUGGACAAUACUUCUGCUCGAGGUGGCCUCCUUGAAGGGAUGAGGCAGGCAGAUAUUCGCUAUGUCAAGACAGUCUAUGACACCCGGAGGGGAGUCUCAGCAGAGUAUGAGGUGAACUCUUCAGCCCUGCUGCUUCAAGGUAGGGAGGCCCGAGCCUCAGCAGAUGGUCAGGGCUAUGAUAAAUGGUCUAAUAUUCCUCGGGGCAAGGGAGUGCCACCCCCAUCCUGGAGCCAGCAGUGCCCCAGUUCCUUGGAGACUGCCACGGACAACCUUCCUCCUAAGGUGGGUGCACCCCUGCCUCCAGCUCGGAGUGACAGUUAUGCAGCAUUUCGGCACCGUGAGCGGCCCAGCUCCUGGUCUAGCCUUGAUCAGAAACGGCUCUGCCGGCCUCAGGCAAACUCUUUAGGCUCCCUGAAGUCUCCAUUCAUAGAGGAGCAGCUGCAUACUGUGCUGGAGAAGAGUCCAGAGAACAGCCCCCCAGUGAAGCCCAAGCAUAACUAUACCCAGAAGGCCCAACCUGGCCAACCUCUGCUGCCGACCAGCAUCUACCCUGUACCUUCCCUGGAGCCACACUUUGCCCAGGUGCCUCAGCCUUCUGUGAGUAGCAACGGUCUGGUGUACCCUGCACUGGCCAAGGAGAGUGGAUACAUAGCCCCUCAGGGAGCGUGCAACAAGAUGGCUACCAUUGAUGAGAAUGGGAACCAGAAUGGAUCUAGCAGGCCUGGGUUUGCCUUUUGCCAGCCCUUAGAACAUGACUUGCUGUCCCCAGUGGAGAAGAAACCAGAAGCUACAGUCAAGUAUGUCCCCUCCAAAGUCCAUUUUUCUUCAGUGCCUGAAAAUGAGGAGGAUGCCUCCCUGAAGAGACAUCUCACACCUCCCCAAGGCAACAGCCCACAUUCCAAUGAGAGAAAGAGCACCCACAGCAACAAACCAUCUUCUCAUCCCCACGGCCUCAAAUGCCCUCAGGCUCAGGCCUGGCCAGCGGGUGAAGACAAGAGGUCUUCCAGGCUCUCAGAGCCUUGGGAGGGUGAUUUCCAGGAAGACCACAAUGCCAACCUCUGGAGGAGGCUGGAGAGAGAAGGCGUAGGCCAGAGCCUGUCAGGCAACUUUGGCAAGACCAAGUCAGCCUUCUCAUCUCUCCAGAACAUUCCUGAGAGUCUGAGAAGACACAGCAGCCUGGAGCUAGGCCGGGGAGCCCAGGAGGGUUACCCGGGAGGCAGGCCCACCUGUGCAGUCAACACCAAGGCAGAAGACCCUGGGAGGAAAGCCGCUCCUGACCUUGGGAGCCAUCUGGACCGGCAGCUUUCCUACCCGCGGCCCGAGGGGAGGACCGGUGCCUCGGCCUCUUUCCACAGCACAGACCCAAGGCCUGAAGAGCUGCCUGCCGCCUCGCACCCGCACACAUCCAGUCUCGGCCGGAGGGGGCCCGGCCCAGGCAGCGCCUCGGCUCUUCAGGGCUUUCAGUACGGGAAGCCCCACUGCUCGGUGCUGGAGAAGGUCUCCAAAUUCGAGCAGCGAGAGCAAGGGAGCCAGAGACCGAGUGUGGGCGGCUCCGGUUUUGGCCAGAACUAUAGGCCCCACAGGACAGUCUCAACUUCCAGUACUUCUGGGAAUGACUUCGAGGAGAUAAAAGCCCACAUCCGUUUCUCUGAGUCAGCUGAACCCCUAGGCAACGGGGAGCAGCACUUCAAAAACGGGGAGCUGACGUUGGAAGAGGCUUCCCGGCAGCCCUGUGGUCAGCAGCUGAGCGGAGGAGCCUCGGACAGCGGCCGUGGCCCCCAGAGGCCGGAUGCUCGGCUCCUCCGCAGCCAGAGCACCUUCCAGCUCUCCAGCGAGCCAGAGAGGGAGCCCGAGUGGCGGGACAGGCCCGGCUCGCCCGAGUCGCCCCUGCUGGAUGCCCCCUUCAGUCGCGCCUACCGGAACAGCAUCAAGGAUGCUCAGUCUCGUGUCUUGGGGGCCACUUCCUUUCGACGCCGAGACCUGGAGCUGGGGGCGCCUGUGGCAUCGAAGUCCUGGCGGCCGCGGCCUUCCUCGGCCCACGUGGGGCUGCGGAGCCCCGAGGCGCCGGCUUCCGCCUCCCCGCACACGCCCCGGGAGCGGCACAGUGUGACCCCUGCGGAGGGCGACCUGGCCAGGCCCGUGCCCGCUGCCGCCCGGAGAGGGGCUCGCCGGCGCCUGACUCCCGAGCAGAAGAAGCGCUCCUACUCUGAGCCCGAGAAGAUGAACGAGGUGGGGGUCGCGGAGGAGGCCGAACCAACACCCCUGGGCCCGCAGAGGAAUGGGAUGCGUUUCCCGGAGAGCAACGUGGCCGACCGGCGCCGCCUCUUCGAGCGCGAUGGCAAGGCCUGCUCCACGCUCAGCCUGUCGGGGCCCGAGCUGAAGCAGUUCCAGCAGAGCGCCCUGGCCGACUACAUCCAGCGCAAGACCGGCAAGAGGCCUACCUCCGCCGCCGGCUGCAGCCUCCAGGAGCCCGGGCCACUGCGCGAGCGCGCCCAGAGUGCCUACCUCCAGCCUGGCCCCGCGGCGCUCGAACCCUCCGGCCUCACCUCAGCCUCCAGCUUGAGCUCGCUGCGGGAGCCCAGCCUGCAGCCCCGCAGGGAGGCCACACUCCUGCCGGCCACAGUUGCGGAAACCCCGCAGGCUCCCCGAGAUCGCAGCAGCUCCUUUGCCGGUGGCCGCCGCCUCUGGGAACGGCGACGCGGGGACCCACAGGUCCCAAGGGAGCUGCUCAGUGGAGCAAACGGUGGAACAAGGGGCACCCAGAGAGUGGAUGAGACCCACAGGGAGCCAUCCUCCUGGGGGGCCAGGGCUGGGAAGUCCAUGUCAGCUGAGGACCUGCUGGAACGCUCAGACGUCCUCGCCGGCCCUGUCCACGUGAGGUCCAGGUCAUCUCCCGCCACUGCGGACAAGCACCAGGAUGUGCUUUUGGGGCAAGACAAUGGCUUUGGUCUUGUGAAGGAUCCAUGUUAUUUGGCUGGUCCUGGAUCUAGGUCACUCAGUUGUUCAGAAAGAGGCCAAGAAGAGAUGCCGCUGCUCUUCCACCAUCCUACCCCUCGUUGGGGUGGUUCAGGUUGCAAAGCCAUUGGUGAUUCCUCCGUUCCUAGUGAAUGUCCUGGAACCCCGGACCAUCAGAGGCAAGCCAGCAGGACACCCUGUCCCAGGCCACCACUGGCAGGAACGCAAGGGCAGCUCACAGACACCAGGGCUGCACCCCUGACCCCACUUGGCACCCCUCUACCUUCAGCUGUUCCCUCUGGCUACUGCUCACAGGAUGGUCAGACAGGGCGACAGCCUCUCCCGCCCUACACCCCUGCCAUGACCCACAGAAGCAAUGGUCACACCCUGACCCAGCCUCCCGGUCCAAGAGGCUGUGAGGGUGAUGGCCCAGAGCAUGGGGUAGAAGAGGGAACGAGGAAGAGGGUCUCACUGCCUCAGUGGCCACCGCCUUCUCGAGUGAAGUGGGCCCACGCAGGCAGAGAGGACAGCCUUCCUGAGGAAUCGUCAGCCCCUGAGUUUGCAAACCUGAAGCACUAUCAAAAACAGCAGAGUCUUCCAAGUUCGUGCAGCACUUCUGACCCAGACACGCCUCUUGGGACCCCGAGCACUCCAGGGAGGAUAUCCCUCCGAAUAUCUGAAUCCGUCCUGCGGGACUCCCCGCCACCUCGCGAGGAUUAUGAAGACGAAGUGUUUGUGAGGGAUCUGCACCCCAAGGCCACGUCCAGCCCCACGUUUGAAACUCUUCCCCCACCCCCACCUCCUCCACCAAGUCAGGAAACCCUGGUGUAUAGCAUGGAUGACUUCCCUCCACCUCCUCCCCACGCAGUGUGUGAGGCGCAGCUGGACAGUGAGGAUCCUGAGGGGCUGCGCCCCAGCUCCAACAAACUUUCGAAAGUGACAAUUGCAAGGGAAAGGCACAUGCCUGGUGCAGCCCAUGUGGUAGGUAGUCAGACACUGGCUUCCAGACUCCAAACUUCUAUCAAGGGUUCAGAGGCUGAGUCCACACCACCCUCCUUCAUGAGUGUUCACCCCCAACUUGCUGGGUCUCUUGGUGGGCAGCCAGCACCCAUCCGGACUCAAAGCCUCACCCAUGAUCCAGUCAAUGGAACUCAGGGUUUAGAAAAGAAAGUCAAUUCUGAUCCUCAGAAGAGCUCAGAAGACAUUAGAACAGAGGCUCUGGCCAAGGAAAUUGUCCACCAAGACAAAUCUCUGGCAGACAUUUUGGAUCCAGAUUCCAGGCUGAAGACAACAAUGGACCUGAUGGAAGGUUUGUUUCCCCGAGAUGUGAACUUGCUGAAGGAAAACAGCGUAAAGAGGAAGGCCAUACAGAGAACUGUCAGCUCUUCAGGAUGUGAAGGCAAGAGGAAUGAAGACAAGGAAGCAGUGAGCAUGUUGGUCAACUGCCCUGCCUACUACAGUGUGUCUGCUCCCAAGGCUGAGCUGCUGAACAAAAUCAAAGAGAUGCCAGCAGAAGUGAAUGAGGAAGAGGAACAGGCAGAUGUCAAUGAAAAGAAGGCUGAGCUCAUUGGAAGCCUCACCCACAAGCUGGAGACCCUCCAGGAGGCGAAGGGGAGCCUGCUGAUGGACAUCAAGCUCAACAACGCUCUGGGAGAAGAGGUGGAGGCUCUGAUCAGCGAGCUCUGCAAGCCCAAUGAGUUUGACAAGUAUAGGAUGUUCAUAGGGGAUUUGGACAAGGUGGUCAACCUGCUGCUCUCCCUCUCAGGGCGUCUAGCCCGUGUUGAGAAUGUCCUUAGCGGCCUUGGUGAAGAUGCCAGUAAUGAAGAAAGGAGCUCUCUCUACGAGAAAAGGAAGAUCCUGGCUGGUCAGCAUGAGGACGCCCGGGAGCUGAAGGAGAACCUGGAUCGCAGGGAGCGGAUAGUGCUGGGCAUCCUGGCCAAUUACCUUUCAGAGGAGCAGCUCCAGGACUACCAGCACUUCGUGAAAAUGAAGUCCACGCUCCUCAUUGAGCAGCGGAAACUGGACGACAAGAUCAAGCUGGGUCAGGAGCAAGUCAAGUGUCUGCUGGAGAGCCUGCCCUCAGAUUUCAUUCCCAAGGCUGGGGCCCUGGCUCUGCCCCCAAACCUCACGAGUGAGCCCACUCCUGCUGGGGGCUGUACUUUCAGUGGUGUUUUCCCAACAUUAACCUCUCCACUUUAACCUCUUCUAAAAUACCCAACCAAAAGAUCACUGUUUCUCUCAACACUAUUUAAUCUGAAAAAUGUUUCAGUACAAACCACUGUUUGAACUAUCUGGGUUACUGGUGUUUGUUCUGGAUGAAAGGAAAAAAAUUCUCUCCAGGAGGAAGCCUUUUUCCUUCUUGCCCUUCCUGAUUGAUCUUCUGAGAGCUCGAAUGCUGCUGGACACGUACCCCUUUCUAUUAUUACUUUGUAGUAGAAAGAAAGUUAAUGAAACUGAGAACUGAUUGGAGGGUGUUUGAUCAUUUAGUUUUUAACAGGCUGAGGCAACAUGGAUCAGUGUGUGUCCCCCUCAGGAAUGUAUCCACAGUGGCCUUCCUUGCUGGUGGGCAGUGUAUCCUGAUGGCAGGGUACAAGUACCAUUAAUGAAGGGUCUGCAACAUAAAGCCUUAAAAAGACACACACUAAGAAAACUGUAAAACCUUGAACAUUGUUAUUUAUAUUUUUUAAAAUGGAAAAGAUCAUUAUGUUUGUUGUGCUAACCACUUAUUUGAUUCUGUUUUGUGGUGGACGUAGACGAUUACGUUUGAGCUUUGUAUUUUGUGAAAACCUUAAUGAAAUGAAUUCCAAAGAUAGUCA